AUGAACGACUCGAGCUUCGUCCAAGCCCAGCAGCGCGUCGCUGCACGACGACAGGCCCGCGAGGCCGAACAGCGAGCCCGAAUCGCGGCCCAGCGCGAGUCCUCCCGCGUCAACGCACAGCUGCAGCGCCUGCCCUAUCCUCUAAACCGCCUCGUCAAUGCCUGGGACGCCGCCUCGUCUAUAGAGAGCGCACGACCGGCGUUUCGCGUGGCGCAGGUCGAUGCCGAGCUGCUGGAUGAAGAGCUGCUGGACCUCCUCAAGGGGCAGGUCGGCGAUGCUCUCAAGUACUACGCCGGCGGCCAUCUAAAGGACGACUGGUCCGCCGAGAUUCUGCUGGCGCUGAGGGCCAUCCUGUUCAAGCUGACGGUCUGGGACAACGAUGCCACCUACGGCGCGGCGCUGCAGAACCUCAAAUAUACCGACGCCAGAAAAGGGGGCCCUGUGCUGGCACCCCCGACGAGGUUACAAAAGUCGCUGUACGGCCUUGUCACAGUGUUUGGCAAAUACGCGUGGAAUAGAUGGGAAGACUGGCUCGUGGAUCAAGACGAUGGCUACAGCGAUCCCAGCCCUCGAAUACAGAGGCUGUCCCGGUUAACGUCUGGGCUGACCACGGUGCACUCUGCCGCGGCGUGCGUCUCCUUUCUGGUGUUUCUGUUCCGCGGCCAGUACCGCACCGUCCUCGACCGCGUCCUGCGCAUGCGGCUGGCGCCCCCCACGAGCCACGUCAGCCGUGAAGUCUCCUUUGAGUACCUCAACCGCCAGCUGGUGUGGCACGCCUUUACCGAGUUCCUGCUGUUUGUGCUGCCCCUGAUUGGCAUCAACCGCUGGCGGCGAUGGCUCAGCCGCACCUGGCGCAAGACGAAGGAGAUUAUCAAUACAAAACAAGGGGGCGAUUCGGCCAACGGCGAGUACGGGUUCCUGCCCGAGAGGACCUGCGCCAUCUGCUACCAGGACCAGAAUGCCGCGGCGUCGUCAGAGUCCGAGAUCAUGGCGGCGGCCGCCUCGAGCGGCGUCAUUGGGUCGGCGCAGACGGACGUGACGAAUCCCUACGAGGCCAUUCCCUGCGGAUGCAUCUACUGCUUCGUGUGCAUCGCGACACGGCUGGACCGGGAGGAGGGCGAGGGCUGGACGUGUCUGCGGUGUGGAGAGCAUGUCAAGGAGUGCAAGCCGUGGAACGGCGACGUGCUGGAGCCGAGCCGCAAGUCGACGUCGACGAAGACGGUGGCGUUUUCGGACGAUGUGGUUGGAGGA